AUGUCCGCACCACACCUGUUAUCUUUGCUACACCCAGCCGCUUCUUGUAGCCCGCCUCCCAUCGCCGUGCUGACAUGGAUGCUCGCGACGGAAGAGCGACUGGACCGCCAGGUUGUACACAUCGCGGAGUUGGAGGCGAGGCACGACAUCACUGCUCUGCUGGCUCACUCCUUCUUCGCGAUGUCGACGUCACGUCCACGUUCGGAGUGGCGUCCUGCUCGUUCAGAGCCAGACUCACAGCUGGAGUGCCUGGCUGCCGCAUCGAGCGGCCACAGCGAGGACGACAGUGACACGGUGGUGAAGCGAACGUAUCGCGCCGCGUCCUGUGCCGAAUCGCUGUCGCCAACAGAGCUCCCUCUAAGACGCACACACUCCUCCGGGCACGCCAGCGCGUUGGCACGACAACGCGAAAAUGGCAAACGCCGCAGCACGCCAGAGCUGCCGCUGUCUUCCCUCUGGCAGCAGCUGGCAGACCUCGAGGAGCGACUGACCGAAGUAGAAUGGGCAACGGUGCACUGCAAAGGGUCGCAGCCGACGCCCGACGCACCUCGACCACAACAACGCCGUGUCGACUCGUCCAGGCCAACGAUGGACGACUGUGUUGCUCUUCUCGACUCUCUGCUCACAUCGCAAGAGGGGACGCGCACGCCUCAAUGGACUGCCUCGGCAACCGGUGCAGCGCUACCGUGGCGACAGCAGCGACCGUCGCAAGAGACUGAGCGCCAUGUACCGCUGCGGCUCCACUCUCGGCAGCAGUACAUGCUGAGUAUACUCGCCAAGCUUCGCGAUGCGCUGCGCAGUACCCAAGCCUCAUACGAGGAAGCCACGGGCAUUCGCGCACCCGUCUCGUUGGAGACACUCCUACAGCUGCCACCGGAGACCCUGCCGCUUCUCAUGUGCACCGACGACGGCAUGCGCGACGUGCGUCAGACUCAGUGCCGUCAUCCCUGCGACGCCUCUGGUGGAACAGCCGCGUGGUGUGGCCUCCUGUCCAGCACCUCUAUUUACACGCUGUGGACCACGCUCAUGGAUGGCGUCGACAUGCUCCCCUGUUUCUCGCGCGCUGUGGCAGAGGCGCUCUGGGCAGCAGUGCUGUGGAUGCAUGCGUGUGCCACUCUUGCGCCUCUCGGUCAGACGUUUUUUGCGCCCCUCGCGAGCGGCAAGGGAGAAGGGUGCAGCCACACUCGACCUCUUCCAGCUGAGAUACAGCAGCAGCAGCGCACCGGCUCUGCGUCUCCGUUGCAACACCGACCAGUACGGCGCCAAGCAGAGCCUCGGCAGCUGCGCUCUCCCUCGGAGGCGCGUGAGCGAUUGGCCGUACGUCACCAACGCGCCAUCGCCCCGACCCUGAAGAGUCGGCUGCAAGAGGAGGAGGAGCGGUGGGCGUACCGAGACUUUCCUGUCCGCCGCGGAUUCACCGCGCCGACGGUGUACGAUGAUCUCUUUCCCUUGCCGACUGCUGUCUCCGCAUUUGUGGAGCCCCCGCUGCACACCAUGCCAUCGCCGUCACUGGCGGCCGAACGGAGCAGCGGUGCUGCGGUUGCAGAGGCGAAGGAGGAGGCGGCGGCAGCGGCCAUCGGACUCGAUUUCUAUACUGGACCUGCGCGCAGGUCGCGGUCGCUCGUGUAA